AUGUCCUCUCAGAAUCAUGGAAUUAACAUUCCUGGUGUUUUGUUAGACGAAUUAAAAAACAGAGAUUAUUCCAAUGAUGAGAGAUUCAGCAGCACCAGAAAAAGAAACACCAAGAAUCAGCUAAGUAGGAAAGACAAGAGAAAACAGAAAAGGAUAGAUAAAAAACAGAGACAAAGGAAGCCCAGCGAGCCAAAUCCAUCUCCUGCUGCUGCUUCAGAAGACAAAACUUCGGGCGUUCCAAAGAACGAGAUAAAUAAAUCAAAGAAGAUCCAUAAACAAGCUGAAGCAAAAACAGAGGAGUUUGGAUUACCUUUCUCAUCUGACGACGAGUUAUCAUCAGGCGACUUUGGUGAAUUUGAUGAUGACGAUUUAGAUGAAGAAGAAUGGGAACAACUAAGAGAGUUGGAAGGAGAUGAUGAACCUGAAGAGAUGCAAGAUGUUUUUGCUUCUGAUAGUGAGGAAGCGAAUGAAUUAGCAGAAGACGUGAAUAAGAGAAAUAAAAAAAGUGUUCCCAAGAAGAAGGUAACUUUUGCUGCAGAAGGAAAAGAGGACGAAGAAGAUCAAGAGGAGAGUGACGGUAUAGAAAUGACAGUUGAAGAAACAAUGGCAGCAUUAAAAGCAAAAAAGAUGGCCAAAAUAACUAAAAAAAGUAAGAAGAGAGAGAGUGAGGAUAGCGCAAUUGCAUACCCUUCGACGCCUUCAGAGCGUGCUUCUAUCGAGAGAGAUGAGAUGGAUAUGCAAUACUACGCCAAAAAGUUAAAUUUGAAAGGGAGUAAGAAGAAAUUGAGGGCACGAGAUGAAUACGAUGCAAUUGGUGGUUUAUUAGAGGGACUAGACUUUUUUGAAAACUAUGGUGCCAGUGACGGAGAAUAUGGUGAGUUUGCUUUGGAUAGAAAGAAGAGCUCUACAAAAGAAGAUGAUGAUGAACUCUCUUCUGAUAAUUCAGAUGAAAUUGAUGAAGCUGACUCUCUGCUUGAAAGUUCGGAUGGUACUGCCGAUUCAGACAGUGAUUUAAGUGACAGUGAUCAAUACAGUGUUGAAGAAGAAAAGAAGAUAAAGAAAAAAGGAAAAUCCAUACGUUGCACCCAGUACUACAGAAGAAUCUGGCUCGUAUAUUCCUCCAUCGCUAAGGAAAAACAUCUUGAGACAGAUAACGGGGAAUCUGCUAUAGUCCUUGAAAUAACAAAAAAAGUUAAAUCUAUGUUAAACAAAUUGUCUGAUUCCAACAUUUUGGUCAUUAUCAAUUCCAUCAGUGAAUUGUAUGAUUUAUAUCCACGUCACUAUGUCACGGAGUCAUUCACAAGGCAAACUUUAGAGAUUGUCGGACAAAAUACAAAGCUUUUGGAUGGAUUUCUCAUGAAUUAUGCCGGUGUUGCCUUUGCAUUAUAUAAAUUGAAGGGAAUACAAAUGGGUGCUUCAUUUAUUCAGGAAGUGGUUGAAAAUUUUUUGGAUUAUUUUUCAAAAGAAAUGGAAGAUUUAUUAAAUAUUGAAGAAGGAGCUGUUACUGUCAUUUCAAAAAGAUGCAGUAAUAUUAUAACAUUUUUAGGCUACACCUAUAAUUUCGGUUUUAUUUCCUGUAAAUUACUAUAUGAUUUGAUUCGUGAAUUUGUAGCGAGUGCUAACGAGCUAACUGUUGAAUUAUUGUUGAGAAUAGUAUCUGUCUCAGGACAACUAAUCCGUGGUGACGAUCCAUCUGCAUUAAAAGAAAUUUUAUCUGAUCUUUUAGCGAACGUUAAGUCUAUAAAAGCUCCAAGUUCUAGGCUACAAUUCCUGUUAAACACUAUGACCGACUUAAAAAAUAAUAGGUUGAAGCCAUCGCUACUGGCGACUGACUACCAUCCAUUAAAGAAGGUACUAAUGGGUAUUUUCAAAUCAAGUGCACUAACAGAACCUUUGCAAGUUUCGCUUGACGAUAUCAGAAAUGUAGAUACCAAAGGUAAGUGGUGGUUAGUCGGAUCUUCCUGGAAGGGUAAUAUGGAAACGGCAUUUGAAGAGAAUUCACAAACAAGAACUAAGGAGAAAAGGGUGGCAGAAUCCUAUAUUAAUAUAGAUGAUGAUUUAUUCGAUGAUAUUCCUGAUUGGACACAGCUUGCUACUGAACAACGUAUGAAUACAGAUGUUCGUCGUGCUAUUUUUGUUAGCAUUAUGUCUGCACAAGAUUAUAUGGACGCAUUUACAAAGUUGGAAAAACUCAACCUGAAAAAUAAGCAGCUAUUGGAGAUUCCUAGAAUUUUACUUCACUGUCUGUUGGCAGAUGGUGGUGAGAAUGGAUACAAUCCUUAUUAUGGUUUAGUAGCAAGUAAAGCAUCUGAGCACCAUUCUCAAUUGUCCAAAUCAUUUCAAUUUUUGUUUUGGGAUGUCGUGAAGAAGUUUGAAGACAAUGCAGACUCAGAUUUAGAGGAAGAUGAUGAUUUUGAAGCUAACGAAGACAAGAGGUUACGAAAUAUUGCAAAUGAAGCUAAGUUUUUUGGAUUUCUCGUAUCAGAGAAUAUCUUACAGUUGAACAGUUUCAAGCAUGUUCCUCUUAUGGCAGGCCUUUCGCCCGAUGGAAUUCUGUUCAUUGAAGUGCUUUUAUAUCAGCUCUUGAUCACAAUGGGUAAAAAAUCAGAAAAAGCAGGUUCCAAGAGCCCUGACGGAAAAAGGGUAUACUCCUAUAAUAGAGACUUAAUGCAAAAGAUGAUAACCACUGGUAUUCAAUUGGAGAACAGAUCUAUUUUACUCAAGGGUUUCAGGUGGUUCAUUAAAAAUAAACUUCAAUACAAGAAUUAUCUUCCAGGCAAGGAAAACGAAAAGGCUUUUAAGAGAGACAGUAGACGCAUAGCUUGGGCUAUUUCAGAAUUUACUUCUUUAAUAGAUGACGAGUUGAACGAUACGAAUUAUUGA